AUGACUGAAAACAAAGCAGGCAAGAAAGAGAAGGUAUUGAGAUGGACGCAUGGCAUCGGGAAAUUGCUUUUUAUCAUACUGGUAUUCGUACAGGCCAUUGCACUUGCUAGAUAUCCAAGCAUCUAUUGGAAAAACGAAUGGGGUAACAUAAUGCUGAUUGUGAUGCUACCAAGUUUGAUAGUAUGGUACCAACACAAAAAGAAGACACAUGAGCAACAGAUAGAUCAGUUAUGGAAGGUAUGGCUGGCCUAUGUUAUUCCUCUAACGGUAAUGAUUAGCGUAAUAUUUGGAGGCUUGAGGUCAAAACUUGACAAGACUCACUUUUUUGGACCCAACAUUCUGAGGAUGACCAUGUGUAUCACUCCUGGAAUUGCUUUACUUCUCUUUAUAACUACUUCAAAGGCAAGAAAACACUAUAGUGAACUUGUAGUAGAGUUGUGUGGGAAUGUCGCUGUAGACUUGUUUGAUUACGUGGAAGUUCUAACGGCUCUUCUCCCCCAAAGUGGGUCAGUUUAUCUUUCUGAUGCCAUCGCUGGCACCACAAUAGCAUUAGUUCUUGUCAGUCUUUUACUCUCUGUCCUGGAAAUAAGCGAGAACAAGCUUCAAGAAGGUAAAAUCGAAAAAAAUGAAAAACUGUACCUCUGGCGAUUGAUUCUGAAAAUACCAGUCAACCUCACGCUUCUCAUCAUUCGGCUGGUUGUGUGGUUAAAACUCAAACACGAUGCUUCUAUCUUCAUUGCGAAGAAUAUGAUCAUUAUUUUGAUUAUGAUUUACAAUAUUGUGCUGUACUUCUUGGACAAAAAAGAAAACAAAAAAGGAAGAGUCGAGAGCAACACUGGACAUGGACAGUUUCACCAAACAGAAAGCCUUGGGAACGGAACUGCCAAAUCCAAGAGCCAAGACUAUUACAGCCAAGAACAUUGUUUGAUAAAGUAG